GGAGAGGUGAUACAUAAAGAAGAUCCAAGUUCAUGAUAAUAAGACUUAGAUGAGGAACAUGAUGAAGAAACUGGGGCUCAUGCUGCUUUGCCUUGCUGCUGCUGCUGCUGCUGCACCAGGCAGCUGUGUCGGUCGUUGUGGAGAGGUUUUCACCAGAGGUCAGCAGUGUACCUGUGACUUCAGCUGCCUGCAGCACAACGAGUGUUGCCCUGACUUCCAGGCUUCCUGCACCACCACUCCGUCCUGUCAGGGUCGCUGUGGUGAGACGUUCAGGAGAGGUCUGCAAUGCAAAUGUGAUCCUCUGUGUGUCCAGUACAACACCUGCUGCCAGGACUUCCAGCUGCACUGCGAUGCCACUGUGUCCAUCCCACGCCAUGGAAGCUCCCAGAGGAUCACUGUCCCCAGAAAAAGGAAUCCAGAGAGGAGUCGACAAAGGUCCAACAGUGAGAGCGAGGAAUGGUACACAGGUGGAAGUAACAUCCCCGUGGGCCUGCUGCCCAGGCAGGUGUCUACCUCUCCGGGUAGUGCUUAUCAUUUCCCAGCACUUCACCUCUCCCACCCCAGCAACGGUGCUCCAAUUUUGGAUGGCAGUGUUCCAGUUAGCUCCUCCACGAAUGGAGCUAACAAUGGCAAACUAAAUGUCCACCAGGUCAUGAACUCUGGAAGCCUCCGUCCAUCUGGGCCCAGUCAAGAAGGAGGUCCGGCUGAAUCCAGACCCAGCACCCUGCUGGAUGUGGCCCAGGCUUUGGGCCUCUCUGUUGGGCAGAGGGGUCUUGAGGGAUCUGGGACAGGACUCACAUCUGAUGUUGACCUGUGCAGUGAAUCCCCCAUCAAUGGACUGACGGCUCUCAGCAAUGGGACUGUACUGAUAUUUAAAGGUGAGCUAUUUUGGGCAGUUGAUUCAGUCAGAGGCUCCAUUGGUCCCCCACAUAACAUCACAGAGACUCUGGGGGUCUCAUCUCCCAUCGAUACAGUCUUCACACGAAUCAACUGCAAUGGAAACACCUACAUCGUCAAGGGAGACCAAUGCUGGCGUCUGGAUGAGAAGCUGAUGAUGGAGCCUGGCUACCCUAAACCUUUAACCUCUGAGUUUCCGGGUCUGACGGGAGGCAUCAGUGCUGCUCUGGUGGUGCCGGCCUCCAGGAACCGACCAGAGACCGUGUACUUCUUCAAGACUGGAGACACAAUGCAGAGGUUCACCUUUCUGCCAGGCAGCACUGCUUCCUGCAGGGACAAACCAAGAAGCUCCGCGCAGAAAAACAUUGCUCAACAGGCUGCAGAUGUUCUUCUGAGUGGGGAGAUCAACAUCAAAGUUUCUCUGACAGGCUUCCCCACCCCGAUCACCUCUGCCCUGUCCAUGCCCAAUCCUCAGAGCACCAACAGAUAUCAACACUUUGUCUUCUCUGGACCUCUCUAUUUCAGAGUCCAGAUUACAGGAGACCUGCCAGCUCUGGCCAAACCCGACCCCCCUGCAACCUUCACACCUCUACCCAUCCUGAGUCCUCUGGUCAUGGGGACCAACUCUCUCAACGUGGCAGGUCAGAACCAGAGCCCGCCCCACCAGGCCAACUCUAUCAGAUUCUGGCUCCGCUGUCCAUAGACGCCUCCUGCAGGGAACACAGUUCCCCUUCAGAUGACAGUGUUUUCUGUAUCAAUA